AUGCGCCCCGCUGCCUUUCCCGCCGCGAUGAGCGCCGCCGCCGGGAGCCUCCUGGAGUCCGACCCCCCCGCCGGCCCCCCCGCCCCCCCGCCGGCGCCGCCCCCCGCCCCCCCCGCGGAAGCCGCCGCCGCCAAGGGCAGCCCCGCCGCCUCCGCCGCCCCCGCAGGAGCCGCAGCCGCAGCAGCAGCCGGUGGGUGGGGGGGGGAGUGGGGGCGGGGCCGUGCCGCCGCCUCCCCCCCCGAGGGCCCCGCCGCCGCCAUCCUCUCCAACGGGGUCUUCGUGCCGCCCGCAGGAGCCCCCAACGGGGACGCCAAGAGCGCCGCCCCCCCCGCCGCCGCCCCCUCCAGCGCCCCCCUCGUCGACUUCCUGCUGCAGCUGGAGGACUACACGCCCACGAUCCCCGACGCCGUCACCGGCUACUACCUCAACCGCGCAGGCUUCGAGGCUGCAGACCCCCGCAUCAUCCGCCUCAUCUCCUUGGCUGCCCAGAAGUUCAUCUCGGACAUCGCCAACGACGCCCUGCAGCACUGCAAGAUGAAGGGCACUGCCUCGGGGAGCUCCCGCAACAAGGCAAAGGACAAGAAGUACACGCUGACCAUGGAGGACCUGGCUCCAGCGCUGGCAGAGUACGGGAUCAACGUCAAGAAGCCGCACUACUUCACUUAGGUGCAGAGCAGCACAGGCACCUUCUGGACUCCUGGCGCUCCCCCCGCUCCCGGUGGUGCUGGUCACCAUAACAUUAAAGUGCUUUCCUGAGACCACGUGGAUCUGCAUCCCCUCCCCCCUUCUGGCUGCUGCUGCUAGGAGCAAGGGACCCUGGGCCAGGAUGUGUGGCUUGUCGUGCCCUCCCCAGCACCCGUUAUCUCCCCCAGACUGUUGGCAGCAGGUUUGUUUGUGUUCUCCUAGAGCUGUUUGACCCCAACGACCACCGAGGCUGAAUUGCCUUCUAGGCAGGCUGCUCAGAGAGGAAGUGGUCUUGCGCUUGGGUGAGCAUUUCUCAUGUAACCGUGGGGCUGUUCCCAGUGAGCAGGGGCCAGGAUGCCUCUGCUGGGUUCUUUCGCUAAGGAGGAGCUUCCACUGAGUGCAGGUUGGUGUGCUGGGGGGGGGGCAGUCUGUAUUCUAGUUCCUUCACAAGGGAGCUGUCCAGACGCCUCGCAUGGGAGCAUUUAAGUGGCCAGCUGAUGUCUUUUUGUGUGUGUGAUGAUGCUAUUAAAGGGCGACACCUGUUUUUGAA